UAAUGGAGCAACUGACUCAGAAGUAAGAAGAAGAGACGAUUUGCUGGCCGUAAUUUUUCCACGACUCAACCAAGCGAUUACAAGAGUUAAUCCGACCGGAAUUCGGCCUUUUUAAAGUCGGAAGCAUUUAGAAAGCAAGUCCAUCGACCAAGUGCCGUGGUUCCAGCGAAAUCGCCGUGCGAAAAGUUUCGGAAAACCGCUGGCCCAGCCCCAUUAUAAACAGAGAGGAGGGGUGGAGAGUGGAGAGUGCGCAGCCGAGGAGUGUGGAGAGCGGAGCGAGAAGAGAGGUCAGCCAACCCGUAAUUAAGAAAAAGUAGACACGUACGUGGAAGAUGUCAUCCGGAGAUUUCGGCAAUCCGCUGCGGAAGUUCAAGCUGGUCUUCCUGGGCGAGCAGAGUGUGGGGAAGACCUCCCUGAUUACGCGAUUCAUGUACGACAGCUUUGACAACACGUACCAGGCGACGAUCGGGAUCGACUUCCUCUCGAAGACCAUGUACCUGGAGGAUCGCACGGUGCGCCUGCAGUUGUGGGACACGGCGGGCCAGGAACGGUUCCGCUCCCUGAUCCCGUCCUACAUUCGCGACUCCACGGUGGCCGUCGUCGUGUACGACAUCACCAACACCAACUCGUUCCACCAGACCUCCAAGUGGAUCGAUGACGUGCGCACGGAGCGGGGCAGCGACGUCAUCAUCAUGCUGGUGGGCAACAAGACGGAUCUCUCGGACAAGCGCCAGGUGUCCACCGAGGAGGGGGAGCGCAAGGCGAAGGAGCUGAAUGUGAUGUUUAUCGAGACGAGCGCCAAGGCCGGCUACAAUGUGAAGCAAUUAUUCCGACGGGUGGCUGCGGCACUGCCCGGCAUGGAUUCCACGGAGAACAAACCCUCGGAGGACAUGCAGGAGGUGGUGCUGAAGGACUCACCCAACGAGACGAAGGAUCCGGAGGGCGGCUGCGCCUGCUAGAACCGGUUGAGUCGAACCAACCCGAUGCAAUCCUCCCCUUUGAACAGCAGGAGCAGGAGAUCGGCCAACAGCACUAGUGUACACAGGUGUCAGGUGUAUGUGGCUGGAUCUGCGGCGGAUUCCUCAACAUCUAUACACACAUACACACUUUACGUUUAAGUUUAUUUAUAAAGUAACAAAUGAUAGCAAAGGCAAAUAGACUAAACAACAAUUAACGAAAUCGGCUAACUAAUUAAUGUUAAUUGAGCAGCAGUGCAGGCGAGCUAAUCCCGAGCGUAGGUGAAUGCUAACUCAUUGACACGAGAUCAGGGAUCAAGAUCAGAGUAAUAUUUGCAAGUUAGCUACCAGUUAAGAAUAUAGUGUUGUGCAUUUCCGAUACCCCAAAAGUCCCAUCACCCAACCAUGUACUUAUGCCAGGCCAGGCGGUCCAGGAUCCUCCGACAUUCCAGCUCGCGGCACCUCCAACAGUCGUAGAUACCACGCAGCCAGUCUGUGUUCAAUGAUUCCACCAGCCAGGCACUUUGUUUCCAAUUUUAGCCCCCAUUCUGUUCUGUUUGCGGCUUUUGUUUCGCCCAUCUCGGUUCGGUUUUCGGUUUUUUUUUUUAGCACAGCGUGCGCGACUGCUAACUGGAAAUUUUGGAUGGCAUAGGACUUGGCCACGUGCAUCUUAUGAAUAAAUAUACACAGAUAUAUAAUAUGUAUUUUUAUGACUAAAACUGAAACAGACAGGCAGCACGAGCAGAGAAAACACUUAACAAUAUUAUUAACGAUUUUUGCUUCGAUUAGCGAGAGAACUUUGUGCAUUUUUUACGCGAAAAGCAAAAGCUUACAAAAUUGAUAAUUGAAUAAAAACAUAAAACUAUGAA